CCAGCACAUCUCUCCGUGCUGUCGCGGUGAGCAAAAGGUAACCGUCAGAAUCAUCAUCAUCAGAUCAGAACCAUCAUCAAUCACCAGGAAACAUAUAAAUGGACUCUGUCGUCAAGCCAUGCACCUGAAAUGUUGCCGCAUGUCACCGAGGCACGUGCAUGUUUGAGUGGGGAGAUGAGAAAAGAAGGCUCCGUUGGAACUCGUCUGGACUGAGGAUCUGACAGGGCAGCGGGCAGAGAUGCAACGCAUCAGAUAAACAUAAAGUGCUGAAUCUUCAACACUCUGCAGCACAUCUGAGACACGAGCGAAGAGGAGCAGCCCGAGUCAGACAGAUCAUUAGUAGUGGUAAACAUGAGUGCUGAAGCCAAGAAUCUUGACUCGCAGGAAGAUGAAUAUGAUCUCACAAACAAGCUGGCAGAUCAAUCCAAACAUCUCCAGUUCCUACGCAAACAAAUGGUGCAGAUCAAACGCCAGCUGAAGAACCAGAAGAGCAUGAGGGACGAGAGUCAGUUACGAAGAGACCAGCAGGUCUCCAUCGAGCAAGAGGAGCAUUGGCUGGAGCUGGGCAGGUUGAACGACCUGCUGACCAUUGAAAAACAAAGGGUUGACAGCGAGAAGACGGCAAGGAUCCAACUGCAGACCGAGCUGGAGAAAAGCAAGUGCCAGCUGGACAAAGUAAACACGGCGAGAGAAAACUACGUGAAGAAGGAGGAGGAAAUGUCCAUCAUGCUUCAGAGGCUACAGGAGCAGAGUGAGAUCCUUCACACUUCAACUGAACAUCAGAUGGUGGAGAUGAAAAAGAAGGAAGAGAAACUGAUUCAGGAGGUCAGGGAGGCACAACACAUGAUGGCGAGAUUAACUGAAGAGCUUCAGGGGGAGAAAAACCUAAACUUAGUUCUGCGGCAGCAACUAGAAACGCUCACGGUCUCACAUGUGGAGCUCAGCCAAGAGUGUGAGACGGCAGUUCACCAGUCUGAUGCUCUGAAGCAGAAGCUGGAGAUAGUUCUCAACUCGCAUGCUGAAAAAGUGGAGAAAGAUGAGCAGCUUAUUCAACAGCUGCAGGCCGAGCAGGAGGAGCUCAGGAGAGCGAUGGAGGUGCAGCUUUGCACUGCACAUCAGGCCAUGUUUGAACUAGAGAGGGUUGAUGAGAAGAAGGAGGCAACUUUUCUUCCGGGCCUCAGUGAGGAACAGCAAAGCUUGGAGAAGUGCACAGAUGAAUCUCAGCAGGAGGAAACAAAUCUUUUUCUUAGAGAACUGGAGAGAUUCUCUAUUGAAUACCAGCUGGAGAUGCUGAAAAAGUCUCAUGAGAAACAGACAACGUACGACCAGCUGCUCAUCAAGAAGUUGAGAACUGAGCAGGAGGAGCUCAAGAAAAGGAUCAAGGAGCUAAUGUCACAAGCAGAACCGCUGGAGCAGCAGGGAGAUCAGGAAGUACAUGAGCAGGACGCUGACUGUGAGACCUCCAGGGAGGACCGUCACCCAUACCUACAAAUUCAGCAAGAAGUCUCUUCACAGGCUGAAGAUGCUCUUGAGGAUCCCACCCCCGCGAUUCUGCACGAGGGGUCUGAGGCCAAGCAGCUGCUCCCACCAGUUCACAGGUCAAUGAGGAGGAUUCGCCGCUUUUUAGGUUUGAGGCGGAAGAGACAGAAGACUCCAACUUACUGAACUCAACACACAGCCACCUUCUUGAGAAGUUUCCUCCGUAGAGGAUUUUAUAAGGCAACACAAAUUAUAGUUGCUGUUGAUGAUUUUAUUUUCAAGAUCAGACAUUGACCCACUCCCUUCACUGCCGGCACGUGCACUCUAAGCAAAAGGAAUUCAUGCUGACAAAAAGAAGACGUCAAAUUGAAACAGGAUGCGCUUUAAGUGACUUAAUCUGACUAGAGAUGGCAUGAAGACAUGACACAGUCAAGGUGAUUCACAGCAAUGACAGGGAGAUAAGGAAACAUUUUCUGUCCAGCCUUCUGGUUUCAGCCAACAAAUAAUGAUGUUGUGUCCAGGUAAUGUCAUGUUAGAGGGACACUGCUCAGACUGUUUUGUAUACAUAUAUACUAGUGGUGGGACUUAAUUAAUUCCAACAUUAUCACGAUGAAUCAAUUACAACAAAAAUGUAAUUUAAUUGAAUUGAACAGUUUGCUCUCCAGACAACAGGGACCCUUUGUGAGUGCAGGAGUUCCUGGUCCACUGACCUCACUGAUGCACAAGACACGUCGCAGCUAGGAUGAUAACAACAACAGCAACAAACAUGGAGGAAUCCCUGAGCAAAAGCAAACAAAAGCACCUGUUUGCUUUUGUUCAGGGAGGUGUUUCACUACACAAUGGCCAGGGUUCCCACUACUCUCAAUGUAUUUGAAAUUCUUAUAAAAUUGAAAUUCUUAUACAAAUAUUUUCACGGCAUUAAAAGAGCUUUACUUUAAAUAAGGUUAUAUGUAUGGGUCUAUCAUUAGUUUCACUAAUAUAUCAAAUUCAUUUAAAUUAAAAAAAUGUGGCUUCUUGUGGCAAAUAUUCUUAUAUCUAUAUCUUAUAUCUAUAUCUUUACUACUUUCUACAUUGCAGGUACACACUGAAGACAUCAGAUAUAUGAAGCAGGAUAUAUGGAAUUAUGCAGCACAGUAAAAAUGUUUACGAAAAUGUUUCAUAUUUUAGAUGAGUCACAGCCAGCUUUUGCUGUGUGGGCUGCACUGCGAACUGCUUCAUGGUGUAGUCACCUUUUGGAAAACCCUGUGAGGUGACUGCAUCCUGAAGCUCAUCGCCAGAAAGGCCAAGAGUGAGCAAAACAGUAAUGAAAGCAAAGGGUGGCUGUUUUGAAGAAUCGAAAAUAUAAAACAUGUUUUGAGUCAUGACACACUUCUAUGUUUAAUACAUAAUUCCAAAUGUGUUCAUUCAUAGUUUUGAUGCCUACAGUGAGAAUCUACAAUGUAAACAGUAGAUUGAAUGAGAAGGUGCGUCCAAACUUUUGACCUUGUACUGCUUAUACUAACUUUUAAACAACACUGCCAUCUGCUGGACAAACAUAUGAACGUUGGUUUUUGCAUGGAACGUGACUAAAAGCAAAACUAGUUACUAGCGAUCAGACGCUUAUGGGAGGAGCACUGACCUUUGGCGAGGCUUCCAAAGGCCAGUUCUUUGCACCGUGGUCUGUAGAAUGAGAGCCAGGACAUGAUAGAGAGACUGUGACCUGCUGACACCCGCUUCAUGUUCCUCUGGUAGAGUUGGAAGAGGUUUCACGGGUGAAGUCUGGGUCCCUUAACUGCAGUGGCUGCCCCCAUGACUCAACUUUAGAUUGACACAUAGACACGUAGACUACAAUAAAUGCAGGGCUCCUGGUGUCGAGGAUUUUGGAUGUAAUCACAAGGCUUCACUCAUGAAAAUA